AUGUACGAUGUUGGGCAAGAUGUCCCCUUGGGUCUUGGGCCUGUUCCGCGAAGGCGAGGUCGUGGCGGGGCAUAUGGCGGCCGCUCGUCACGAGGUGGCCGCAGUGCCGGACGUGGUGACGGCGCGACGUCCAUAGACGCAACGGUCCGCGUGGUGAAGAAGCGCGGCCCUCGCAAGGCAGCCGAGCCGACUGGAGACAUCAAGCUGCGCCUCAACACGGCAUCGACGCUGUACCUCGAGGGCCGCGUCGACGAGGCAAUCGAGAUAGUCGAGGACGCGAUCCGCAUCAACGCCGAGAUCCACCGCGCCUGGGUGCUGCUCGCGCAGCUCUUUGAGGAGCGCGGCGACUACCGCAAGGGCCUGACGGCACGCAUCUGGGCGUGCCAGCUCGAGCCGAAGAAUUUCGACCAGUGGCUAGAGUGCGCACAACGCGCGAUCGAGCUGCGCGAGGACUUCCCCGACGACGCAGAUGAGAUCACAAAGCAGGCCAUCCAGUGCUACUCGGGCGUGCUCAAGGGCGAUGUCAACCACCGCGGGGCACGCUAUGGGCGCGCUGCCCUCACCAUGGAGCGCGGCGGCAUCAAGGGUGCGUGCCGCGAUUACGAGUUCCUGGUCAAGCGAGAUUUCACAGAUCUUUACGCGUUGCGGAGUUGGGCAGAGACUGCAGUCUUGCUGGCGGAGUCGAGCAGGGCAAGCGUCGCGCGCAAGUACGAGGCCGUCAUUGAGGACGUCAUUGCGUCGUAUCGCCAGGCAAUUACGCACUAUCGGCAGUCGGGCUUCGAGCAGGUCAACGCUUUCGACUGGGAAAGCCUUACCGUGCUGGUCGAGCUGCUCAUCUACGUCAAGAAGUUCGCCGAGGCUGCUUACGAGCUCAAGUUCCUUUCGCGCUGGCUGCUGCAGCGCGACGACGAGACGUUCUGGGACGACUGGCCGGACGAUGAUCGGGAAUGGGACGAGGACAAUACACGGAGGAUCGCCGUGGAAGGCUUUCAGCCUGGACGGCAUCCGAUAUCAUCCUAUGGUGCUGGACUGCCACUUUCGCUAAGGACGAAGCUUGCGGUGAUACGCUUAGAGUUGCGCCACGAGGAAGAGGCCACGCGACAUCUUCAAUGGCUAGAUCCGUUCGGCUCCAAUGCCAUGGAGCUCUUUUCCCAACACUCGCACCUCCUGGUCGAGAUAGCGGGGACGUUGUACGAGGUCGGCAAGAUCCAGAUGGCACUGCAGUACUACGAGCCGCUCCUGAACAACCCCGAGAAUCUCGACGGCCGCUCCAUGUAUCGUGCUGGCAAGUGCUUCCUGGAGAUCAACGAUAAUCGUCGCGCGGAAGAGUGCUUCGCAGCAGCAAUCGAGUCAGAUGAGAGCAACGACCAGGCGUCUAUCGAUGCCCGCUAUGAGCUGGCCAAGAUGUACGAGGCUGUGCGCGAGGAGAGGGAGGCGUUGAUCUUGGUCACAGAAGCUAUGAACAUGGCCCAAGCGCGGGAUGCCGACUACGAAGACGACGGCCAGGAUGAUGAUGACGAAGACGACGACGACGAUGACGAGAACGGCGACAGGGAAAGGCGUGCACGAAAGAGGAAGGCAAAGAAGACGCACCAAGUCAGACAAGCGACGAGAAGACUUGGUGGCGAGAAGCCUAAACCUAGGGCACGCCGGCUGCCGGGAGCUUCUGCAGGAGGUGCGACUAAGAGACACCGCCCGCGUGUGUUUGCGCGCCGCGAAGAGCUCGAGAGGGAGCAGCUGCUCAGAUCGGCGGAGUUGGCCGAGAAGUGGCGGAUCGUGCGCGAGUGUCGCGAGCAGUUUGGCUCGAGCAGACCAACGGGCCCGCCCGCGCCGCUCAUGGCGGCUGCACGCGAGUUGAUUGAGGAUUUUCAGUCGAACAAGCAGUUUUACUCGUGGGAGCGAUAUCUCGGCCACAUUGGCUUGAAGCAGGAUGACCGGAAGGGCGUGACCAAGAGCACGAAUCUCAUGGAGAUGGCGGAACGGUUAUCCCACACACUGGAUCCAGAGUCAGAGAAUGCGUCUAGGCCACUCGGGGAUCGCGUAGGCUUUGCCUACCGAGGUGUGCCUUUCAACGAGUGGCUAGACUUGUUCUUGGAGUAUGCCACGGGACUCGCACACGCCGGCAAGUAUCAGCAGGCGUAUAGUGUCUGCGAGUCGGCUCGAGAUGCCGUCAUGUUUUCGAACUCAAAGGAUGACCUCUUUGUCAUCCACGUAGCAUGGGCAGCCUGCGCACUCCGUGCACGAGACGAAGAGACCUGCGUGGCUAUUGCCCGAUAUUUCAUGCGCAACAACCAAUUCGACACGGACCCAUUCCGGCUAUUCUCGGCCGUGUCGCGCCUGUGUCCAUCGCCGGCGUCUUGGUACGCCUCGGGCCCUGUCCAGAAGUACAUGCUGCGGCAGAUCAAAAUGAUGGAUCGAGCCGUGUCCGGUGGGAAACUGAAUCCCAAAUGGAGCCACAACAGAAGCAAUGACAACGAUGAUGGUGGUGACGGCCAGAGGUCGUAUCCCAGCAAGGAACUCGACGUCACGCUGCUGACCCUAUAUGGUCACGUCCUGUUCAUUUCGAACAGCUUUACUUACGCAUUGAAUUAUUUCCAGCGUGCCUAUGCCGUCGACCCGAACAACCCAAUGAUCAUCCUCAGCAUAGGCCAGUGCUACGUGCACUACGCGCUCAAGCGCCAGUCCGAGAACCGACAGUACAUUAUCGCGCAGGGCUUCAUGUUCCUGCAUCAGUACUACGACAUGCGCACAAAGCCCUCGUCGUCGUCGUCACCGGGCUCCAAGGAAGCGACCCCCGCACAGCGCCAGGAGGCACACUACAACCUCGCCAGAACAUACCACGCCGUGGGACUGCCGCACCUGGCGGUCGAGUACUACCUCCGCGUGCUGCGCGAUGUGCCCCCUCCCCCGGCCACGCCUGCUGCUCGAGAAGGAGAGGACGGAGGAGGAGCAGCAGCAGAUAUCAUGGGCACGGCCGACCUGUCCAAGGAGGCUGCGUUCAACUUGCAGCAGAUCUGCUUCGUGGGUGGAGACCUGCAGGGGAUGCGGGAGAUUGGAGAGAAGUAUCUCGCUCUGUAG